AUGGUUAACUCCGAUACCAUGGAGGUUAGCGUUGGUGAACUACCAGGACACCCCCCCACUCCUCGGCCGUUACUCGUUGAGGAAAUAUUUACGCCGUCGCCUACACCAUCGCCACAUUUAUUAGAGUUGCCGCCCUCUUCUAUGACUUCACCAUCGUUACCAUCAGCUUCACCGCAACCUCUUUUACCAGGGAGAUCGCCGCCACCGACUACCGACCCGUAUGAGUUUUUCUUGAGCGAGCCGGAGUUUGAGUCACCGUCUGGUCAAGUUUCGCCAGAUCUAUUGGGCAUGUCAACCGAGCCCAUGGAUGUCGGUGUGGAUUCAGAUGAAGAAGGAUUAAGACCACGGAGACUAAAUGUUGCGCAACGCAACGCACUGAAAGUCGAUACUCAGAUGGUUAAAUAUUGUCCGGUGUGUGACUUCAUGACUGUUGGCCAUAAGCUUGGGAGGCACCUUGCAAACCGCCACAGGUCACAGAUAAAAAAGCCCCGAGACCUCAACAUCAGAAAGAUAUGCCAACACAUUGCCUCGGAAUCCCGCAAGUCCUAUUCCGUUGUCCCGUUGCGGGUGAUAGAGAAGAAGUUGGGCCCAUAUUGGGAUGACAGGUGUUUUAGAAGCAUCGCCCACGAACUUACGACCAUGGGAAGGAUGAAGACGUAUGGUGGAUGUUGGAAUCUUCCUGAUGUAACAGUUACGUCAAACCCAUUUGAGGAAUUUUUCACCGAUAGCGAUUUCGGUCCCGAUACACCGGUGAUGAAUGUAUCUGCGACACCGGCGGUGCCAGUCCUUCUUAUACCGGAAACCUCCGGUGAAACCAUUUCGAUACCUGGACCUUCCGGCACAUCAGGCAGACCAGCCGACCCGGAAAACGGAACGAUGACAAAAAUCAAUGCACAAUCUUCGGAAUCGAAAUUGCGCAAGGCUUCGGAAGCUUUAGGUCUUAACACUCAGCUUCCACCCAAUCAUCCAUUGAUUGUAAUGUUUACAAAGACGUUGGAAAUUAGCCACGGGAAUGAUUCGCAAGCAGCAAAAAAUUACGUAUCCAAUGUUUCGCGGGUGUUGUGCUACGUGCACCAACAACUGUCCGCCAAUAAUUUACCACCGAAACAUUGGGCGGAUCUGGUUUCGGCCGAUGUCGAAUUUUACGUCGACUUCUUUCGACGCCGAGAGGAGAUCGGGCAGACCAAGGCUACGACGAUCAAUUACAUGAAAAACAUACGGCUACUAUUUUCACACGUCAUAAAUUCCUUUAUAUACGAGGACCAGUCGUUCCCGAAAGGGUUCGAUCUGUUGCCGUGCGUACAAACCAUCACCAAAAUCAAGCUUUUAGGGCACAAGCUGGGACUGUUAUAUAAAAGGACCACAAAGCAGCAGCCAACGGAGUUGUUUGAGAGGAAAACGACAGAAGGCGAGAAUUUGCCAGAUUACUCAAAGGUUGUCGGGUCGAUAAUUGAUAUUAGUGAGACAAUCCCCACUAAUCUCACGCUGCUGGAGCAAAAGUUUUCAAAUUUGGGAACAGUCGUCGUACGAAGCGAGAAAACUAGCUCCCCUGCAGAAAAACAACUUUCAAACCUUUGGCGUAAGGUGACGUGUGGUCUGGCCAUUAGUUUACUAUGGACCUCGGAUGGUCCCGGAGUCCCAAACAGUGGUCCGGGACAACCGUGUUGGAGCGGAUGCAGCCGGUGUCAACGACCCGGCGACUCCGCGUUUAAGUGCCAGUUCUGUGAAAGAACGUUUACCACCAAGAUAGGUGUCGGUGUACAUGUUAGUAGUGCCCAUAGGGGCGGAGCCAAUGACCAAAUCCUGGUCGAGCGUAGAAAGUCGCGCUGGCCAGAUGAGGAAAAGAGACUUUUUGCUUUAGCCGAAGCUAAACUCGUAUUCGGUGGUGUGCCGUCAGGCGGAAUCAAUCGCGAGCUUAUGCUCAAGCAUCAGGGCCGUACCCUUGAUUCGAUUAAGGGACGUGAUUUUGAUGGCGGAAACGCCGGCAGGUUUGCGUCAGGCGUGCGAAGCAUUCACGAAGCGGUUAGAGGUAGCUGGUCUAAGGGUGAACCCAGCGAAGUGUGCAACGCUCACCAUGGUUCCCUCCGGACGAGAUCGGAAAGUGAAGACCGUUGA